AUGGCGGUGCCAUGGGUGAGCCAGCUUCCGUCCUGGCAGGUCGAUGCCGUGCAGUUCGCGGCCAAGAUGCUUCGUGGAAGCAAUGCAGUGGACAUGAAAUUGGACGAGGCUUUGGCAUUGGAUCCGCUCAUCCCUGCCGAAACGCUCUUCCAGUCGCAGCAAUGGCAAACCGCACUGCUUUUUGAUUUCAAUGAAAUCUUGGACCAGCGCAAGACUGCAAUGGAACCGCCUGCGCCAGUUCCCAAGCAGGAGGAGCCUGAGCCGGCGAAGCCUGAUCCGGCUCCGCCAGUUGAGCCUCCCGUGGACACCCCUCAUGAACCGGAGGCAAUGCCCCAUGUCAUGGCAGAGGUGCCUGAAGAGGAGGUCCCAUCGGGACCUGCGGCGCUGGACCGGCUCAAGUUCUUCAGCCUCUUGGACAUCCCCUCGGACAUUGCUUCGACCCUGCAGGGUGGGGAUGACCACUACUUUGAGCAGGUGCUGGAUUGGGCGAGGGUCAAGGUGAACACGUUCGUGGAGAUGGAGAUCAAAAGCCCCACGGCCCAGGGGAAGCGAAACCAAGUGGAGGCUUUGUACAAGCGGAACGGUGGGACCUCCUUCUUCAUCGUCUAUGAUGUCAAGUGCCGCCUCCACAUCAAAGAUGACCUGUUGGUUAACCCAUGGCGGCGCCCGACACCGCUCAAUUCGGCCGAAUUCAAGCAGUGGCUUGCAGCUUUCUGGUUGGACCCGAAAGUGCCUGCAUCGGGCCCUCCUCUCUUCCGAUCGAACGACGUCUUCGUGGCCAUGGACGGCAGAUCCCCAACCAAUUCAGAAGCCAUGCAAAAGCAGUUGACUUCUGUGCUCAAGGGUGUGGAGAACAUGCCCAAGCGUCUCUUGACGGUGCUUCGGCGAGCUUACACCAACAGCGAAUUUGCUGUUGGAGGGUAUGCAGCACCAAAGAGAAAAUGUAGCUUGAAUCCACAAGCUCCCGACCCGCUUGAGAAUGCAUUCAUCGUUGUUUCGAAAGAGUUCGUUCUGAAGCACAGGGACUCCUCCAUGCCAACGGUUGUGGCCGAUAAUUUCAGUCGUGGUUGGCAAGGUAUGGAUAUGAAGAGCAGAACGGAUCAUGGCUUUGCGACGGUCACGCCGGCUGUCUAUCACAGUCUGCUCAAGAAGACCGAUGGUGAUGAGACUGGCGACACAACAAAGACGGAGGAAGGGAGGCCCUUGAUGGGCUCGGAUGAGCCGCCGGCAGCUGCUGAUGGAGCAGCCGAGGACGAGGAGGAUGCGAAGUCCAAGCAGACUUUCCCGAUCGCACCGUGGGAAAACAGCGAGCAGCACAGCCAGCUGCUUGUUGAUCUUUACAAGUAUGAGCCGGCCAAGGCUUUGAUCAAGACAGAUCCACGCAUUGUCUCGAUUGAGCCCUCCGUUUCCCUCGCGACGGCAUGCUGCCGAAAGCACAUGCUCAUCACCAUGUUUACGGAGUCGGAGCGCCACAAACAGGCUGUAUUUCAGUCCCUGAUGAUGCGGAUCACCUACGAAAUCAUGACAGGCCGUGCGGAUGGGUUUGUGAUGAGGAGGAGGCUCCUCACACGUGAGAACUCCUUGUCUGGCUCUGAAUCCCAACGGCCGCCUCUUCCUUCGCCAAGUGCGGCUUCGGUGGAACAGUCGCAAGAUGCUCAGGACUCCGCCGCCGAUGGCGUCGCAGAGGAUGUCGAGGCUAUGCUUGAUCUCAUCGAUGAAAAGGAUGACGAAGAAUUCUAG